AUGAAUUCCAAAAGCAGCGCGCAAUUGAAAACCAGCCUAGAGAAGUUUGGUAACUUUAAUGCUGUAUUCCACCUUUUGAGUUUAGAUGAUCCUCUUCUUCGCCUGAAGAAAUGUAUUCAGUUACAUGGCUAUGAUGGAAGAAGGAAAUACUUCUGGCAUGCUGCAGCAAUACUAAAAGUAUUUAUUUUCAUCGGACGAACAAUUUACGCAGGACAAACUUUGAACCAACCCAAAAAACUUGCCGAAUUAGUUGCAACCUAUCCUGUAAGGUUUAUGGCAAUAGCUAAGUUGUACGUACUUUACAUCGACAAAAAACGUAUCGAAUACUUCUACUACACUAUUAACAACGAAUUUUGGGAUUACCAUAUUGCAGGUCCCAAGUUAGAAGCAGAAAUUAAGAGAAGAUUCUUCGCAACUAAUAUAUUUGUACUAUGCCAUUUUAUUGGAGCCAUGUCGGUACUAACUUUUAUUUCCCUCUUUCCUAUUGUUGAUAUGCCAGAAGGAAAACGACCAUUACCAAAUAUCAUUUGGACACCAUUUGAUACUGACCCAAGCCCUCUACAUGAGAUUCUUUAUGUGGUGAUGUUGUGGAAUUUAAGCUUGUCAGUAUUUGGGAAUGCCUUUUAUGACGUAUUGUUUAUUUAUGCGAUGCAGCAUUUAUUUGUUCAAUUUAUGCUGUUAAAAGAAUUGCUGAAGAACAUUACCAAAGAAAUCAUGGAUGAACAUGAAGAUUUUGAUAAGUUAUCAUCUGAGUACUUUCAAAAAAAGGUGUACGACAGAUUGACGAUAUGUGUUGCUCAUCAUGUAAAGUUAUUAAAGUUUGGAAAAAACCUUGAGAUAUUUUCUUCAGGAGUCCUUCUACCCCAAUUAGUAAUGAGUUAUGCAGUAUUGGUUAUUAAUGGAUAUAUUCUGAGUAUUGAUCAUAGUGAUAUGAUGAAAACCACCAUACUUCUAAACUUAACUGGCUCAUGUCUCGUUCAACUAGCUGUAUUUGCUUUUCAAGCAUCGGAUAUUAAAUUUCAGAGCUUGUCAGUCAUUGACUCCAUUAACAACUCAGAAUGGUUUUUGUUUAAAGCUCCGCUUAAAAAGGCUUUAACCUUUAUUAUAAUGAAUACCAAAAAGCCGAUUUCGAUUAAUGCUGGAGGACUUUCCAACGUUGAUAAUGAGGUUCUAGUACAAAUCAUCCAAAAAGCUUUUUCUGCAAUUACGCUCUUACGAGCUUUAACAGCAGUCGAGUAAAAGUACCUAUUUAUGAGUAAUAAUCUAGAUAUGCAAAAUUUUAGUUUAUUUGACACUUUCUUUGUCUGUAAAUUAGUAAUUAGUUUACUUAACAGGAUGCUUGCUCUUUUAUACAUAAUAUAUUUUUUAAAGAUACCCUACAAUCACUGAUAUGCCAUAUCUGAGUAUUUAUUGUGGAAUAAAAUAUACAUAUUGAAUCUAAAACUCCUUUGAAA